AUGCUAAGCCAGCAUGAAAAGGGAGAAAUAAAUGAAGAACAAAAUGAGGUUCCGGUGGCAACUGUGAACAGUGACAUAUCUGUGAAACGUGACAAAUCUGUGAAAAGUGACGAAUCUGUGAAACGUGAAAUACUGUUUAAUAGCAUCCUAUUCAGGAAUUUAUCAAAUGAACAAAUAAGAAUUGUGCAGGUACCCCUUAAUAUGAAUUUAUGCAUCAUAGCAUGUCCUGGAUCUGGAAAAACUUCGACCUUAACAUCACGAAUCAUUAGAAGUAUAAUUGAAAAAAAGAAAUCAGUUGUGUGCAUAACAUUUACAAAUUAUGCAGCGAAUGAUUUGAAAGAUAAAAUAAGCAAAAAAAUAAACUGUCUGAUAGACUUAUAUCUAGAUAGUGAUAUAAGAUGCAAACUCUUUAGUGAUAAAAGUGUGAAGAAAAAAUGUGACACCAGUAGCAACAUUCAUAAUAAAAGCAAACUAAAAGUGCUUCAAACAGUAAUGUUUAUAGGAACUAUACAUUCCUUUUGCAGAUACUUAUUAUUUAAGUAUAAAGGGCCUUUUAAAAUAUUAACAGAUUUUAUAAAUAGUAAUAUUAUUAAGUUAGCUUUCAAUAAUUUUUAUGCAUCUCAUUCCAAAAAAAAAACUACACAAGGAAAUAGUGGAACUUAUGUUGGUUCAAGUAGGGACAUGGUUGAUAAUGCAAAUGGUUCAUUCGAUCUUACAAGUUUUUUCAAUUCUUUAAAAAGAAACUUAACCAAGAAGGACGAAAAGGAAAUAGAAGAUGAGGCAGAAGAAGAAGAAGGGGAUGGUGCAGAAGAUGGUGAAGAAGGCUUAGACGAUAACGAUGAGGUAGGGUUAGAAGAUGAUGAAUAUUUUUACAACUAUCUAUACAAUUUCAAACAGUCUAAUGUAAAUAAAGACUAUUUCGAAUAUGCAAAUGUUACAAGCAUUUUGAAGAGAAAACAUAUUUUAUUUUUAAAAAAAAAAAUAAAACUUAUCAAAUAUGUCGAGUUAUACAAUAUGAAGAUCGAAAUAAAUCAAGUUGAAUCAGAUUUUUAUGCAGAAUAUAAAAAAAUUUUAAACAAGGCAAAGUAUAUUUACUAUGAUUUUGAUGACUUGCUCAUUGAAACUUAUAGACUCAUGAAGGAUGAUGUGCAUGUAAGGAACAAAAUUUUGGAUGAGUGGAACUACAUGUUUUGCGACGAGUUCCAGGAUAUCAACACGACACAAUUUAAUAUUUUGCAGUUUUUUGCUAAUAGUACCGGUGUGGCGCGGGGCAGAGAUGCAUUUGUUAAUGGGAUGGGAAGUGGGAAUGGGAUGAGAAGUGGGAAUGGGAUGGGAAGUGGGAAUGGGAUGGGAAGUGGGAAUGGGAUGGGAAGUGGGAAUGGGAUGGGAAGUGGGAAUGGGAUGGGAAGUGGGAAUGGGAUGGGAAGUGGGAAUGGGAUGGGAAGUGGGAAUGGGGUCAGACGUGGAAAUGAGAUUAGAAGUGCAAAUGAGAUUAGAAGUGCAAAUGAGAUUAGAAGCGCAAAUGAGAUUAGAAGCGCAAAUGAGAUUAGAAGCGCAAAUGAGAUUAGAAGCGCAAAUGAGAUUAGAAGUGCAAAUGAGAUUAGAAGCGCAAAUGAGAUUAGAAGCGCAAAUGAGAUUAGAAGCGCAAAUGAGAUUAGAAGCGCAAAUGAGAUUAGAAGCGCAAAUGAGAUUAGAAGUGCAAGUGCGUCCAGUUUGCAUGGCAGUUGGGACUUGAGAGCUUCACGUGAAGAGGUAAGACAUGUAGCGAUGGAAGUCAUCGAGAAUAUGCAGAAGGAGAGAUCCGCAUGGGGGUGUGGUUCAGAUAGAGAUGAUUCAAGCUUUGAAAGAGGAGAUAUGAUUCUAAGGAAGAAGAACCAGAAACGAGAAACAGAAAGGAGCUUAACAGUGAUAGGAGAUGAUGAUCAGUCCAUAUAUUCAUUCAGAGGAGCUCAUAUUAAUGUAUUUAACAAAAUAAUAAAUGAAGAAGAUUGGUUGUUGUUCAAGCUAGGUACAAAUUUUAGAAGCACAAAAGAAAUUGUUAGAACUUCUAGGAAUUUAAUUUUACACAAUCGGAAUUGCAGAAUAGAAAAGGAUCUUCACACAAAUAAUAUACAGGGUCAGAAAGUCAAUUUUCAUGUUUUCAAAACGUAUAGUGAUCAGAUAUCAUAUAUUUUGUCUCAAAUAAUUUUUUUAAAAAAAAAGUAUAAUUACAAGUUUAGCGAUUUUGUAAUUUUAUGCCGGACGAAUAAAACGUUAAAAGAGACUCUCAAAUCUAUGAACAGUUAUGAGAUUAGAAGGAUUGCCUUGAAAUUUUUUCAUGAAAUGUGUAAAAUGGAUAAGAACAUAACUCCCGGAGCAGAGACAUGUCAUCAUGGUUGUUUGGAAAAUAACCAAGCAAGGGGUAACAUUCGUGAUAAUGAAAGUGGUAAGAAGGACGGUGACCAUCACCACUAUAACCAUCACUGGAAUGACAUAAAUGUAGAAUCUUUCAAAAUACCAAUAAAAGAAUUAAAUAAAAAAAAGUCUUUCUUUGGGUCGAAAGAAAUAGUAGAAUUGAUAACAAUUCUGAGGUUUCUACUCAAUGUAGAUGAUGAUAUAAUAUUUAAAAAAACUUUUAAAAUUGUAAAAAAUGACAAAAGGGUCAAGGGAAUAUUGGACAAAUUGACAAAUAAUAGUUUUGUCGACGACGUAUGUAGAAAAGAAGGAAUAUCAUCAACAAGACAAGAAAUGGGAAUAAGAAAAAAAAAUAUUUCAUCACUUUUUAGCCAAGUCGAGGAGAUUACUCGUUUGUAUGUACUUUGGAGGAGGAACCAAUUGGAUGAAGAGAAGGCACAGAUCUUGAAUGUCUUCACGCAAGGUGAAUUAAAACAAAUACUGGAUUUCUUUUUCUGUAUCAAUUAUUUUUUAAAGUUCGUUUCUCAAAUUAACUCGGUCUAUAACUUAGUUAUGGAUAUACUGGCAAAAACGGGUUCCAUAAAAAAAAUUUUAGGAAGAAUCCAACGGAAGCAGCUCAGUGCCGACAAGGAUUCGACAACCACUUCGGUCACCACUCCGAUCACCACUUCGAUCACCACUCCGAUCACCACUUCUGUCACCACUCCGAUCACCACUUCUGUCACCACUCCGAUCACCACUUCUGUCACCACUCCGAUCACCACUUCUGUCACCACUUCGAAUUCCCUUCAGAGUGACCCCUCACAUGCAGCUGAGAAGGGAACCCUAGAUAUUCCUCGCAACUGCACACACAGUGACCAUACGUCUUCUAAUAAGAGGUUCAAUACCGAUUCAAGAAUUCCACCAAAUGUUGCUAAUUGGAGGGAAAAACUAGAAGAUGGAGAAAAGAACAAGAUAUUGUUAAAUCAAAACAUGUCGAUGAAUGGAAAGAAGCGUCCGUUUGAUGAGUGCAACUUUGGAAUGGACGUGUCACAAAAUUCUGAAAAUGGAAGAACAAUGAAAGUAGAGGAAGAAAAAAAUAAUUUGUCUACAGAUGAGAAGAACGAGAAUUUAAUAAAUGAACUAAAAAUUAAGAAAGAUCUUAUUACACAAUUCGGGAUAAGUGAAGAUGAUUUAAAUCAACAUGAAAUACAAAACAUAUUUAUACUUUUAGAAAUGACUAUGGAAUAUGUGCCGAAUGAAAUAAAUCAGAAAUGUUGCGAUUGCUUAGUGUCCUUUUUAAAUGAUUUUAAAAAUAAUGUUCAUGAAAAAAUGUUAAUAGAAAAAGUAACCUUAACAACUAUACAUAAAUCAAAGGGAUUGGAAUGGAAGGUGGUUUUCAUUCUAAAUGUAAUAGAGGGAGAAAUACCACAAGUUUCAGAAAAUGUUAAUGAGAUAAUUGAAGAAAGGAAAAUUUUUUACGUUGGUAUUACUCGUGCAAAAUUCUUGUUAUACUUGCUAUGUUUUUUACAGAAUAGUAACACUGCUGAGAAGAACAUUGUGUCUAGGUUUGUUAAUCAGAUGGGUAUUUAA